AUGUCCUUCCUUCAGGGUACCCAGCUUGGAGUACCGUCGUACGCGGUGGGCAAGGAGUUGACGCUCUCACUCCAUAUCAAGAUCACGCCUCAGUAUGGACCCAGUCACUUCCCAUGGCCCUGGAAAAGUCCAUCACGUAUCAAAACCCCAUUCCCUUAUUCGGUCCGGACACAUCCUAGCGGCUUCGAUCCCGAAAGAGCAGUCCCCGCCAACGAAAAGCUGCGUCUUUGCGUCCUCGAGACACUUUCUGGGGGGUGCGAGAAGGGUCCUCAAGUUGUUCUGUGCAGGGUUCAAGAUGCCGAGACUACGCCACACUACGCUCCUCUCAUCGCAGGAAUGAACGUUGUCCUAAAGAUCUUCGACCACGAGUACUACCCGCACACAGUCACUUUGCCCCGAGCUUACACCUAUUACCAGCUAGCCGACCAACACCUGAGCCGAGAGGCAUCUGCUUUGCGCUGUAUGCACCGAGUUGGGAGGGAUGAGCAUGGGAAUGACCUGCCGGGGAAGCUCCGACUCACUGGCGGGCACAAUCUCACACCUGAAUACUAG